CAUUUGUAUGUUUGUCAGUCUCUACUGUCCCCGAUUGGCAUGCUGCCAGUUUGCACUUUUGUCAUUCUAUGCCGUUCCAAGUGGAUUGAACGCAGCUGUCAACAAGAAGUUCCUUGAUCAAGACUACAAUAGCGUCUUUUUGAAAAUGGAGUUUUAAUAAUUACCAAAAUCUACAAGAGUCAUCUUAAAAUUUUCUGGCGAGCUUAUGAAACAAUGAUACAAAAUUGGAAAUUAUAUGGCGUAACAUUAAAUCGUAGUUUCUAUUGUGAUCCUAUAAAUUUCAUAUUUAUAAUUGGCUACUACAGGCAGCCACUACAAUAAUAAUUGUCAGUUUUUAAUUACAUUACUCCGAAGCUAUUUUGUUAUAGGUAAAUGUAGUGUGUAUAGAUAACUGAAUCUGUAUGGUACAUCUAUUUUCUGCGAUUUUCUUGUAAUUUCCACGACUAUUCGCCAAAUUUGUGUGGUAACCUGUUAUUUUCAAUUUUAACAAGUGAAGAGGUUCAGACUA